AUGUGGCACCCGUAUGCCGCGCCGCCGUCGAGCCCGCGAGGCCCACCGCAGGCCCUCGCGGCCCGGUCUCCCUACUCCCGUCGCCCGCGCGGGAUCGCCGCCUCCUCCCGCCGUGGACGCCGCCCGUCCCCGCCGCUGACCGGCGACGCCAUCGCCGACCCCGCCGCCGUUCCCCGCGGCCGCCCGCGCCCGUCGGCGCUGGCGCCGUCCCCCGCGCCGCCACCUGUCCCGCACCAGAGCCCGAGCCCCGGCGAGCUCCUCUCCUCCCUCCGGCCUCCUCCCUCUCCCUCCGCCCGAGCUCCGGCCCCCUGCCCCGCAAGCUCCGGCGAGAGCUCUCUCCGGCGAGCCCGAUCCAGAUCUCCCGAAGGUUGA